GCACAAUGAGACCCCUCAGUCUCACUCCGACCACUGCUGCUGCAGCACGAAAAACUCUUUUGCUUCUUCACGUCGCAAAAGAUAAAAUCGGCACAAAGUGGGGGAAACUCUUGGCCGAUUUCCUGUUGGCUGCGGCUAAGUGGACGCCUCCUCCUGUUUACACAUAAAAAAACAUUCUUCAGAAUUCAGUUCAUCUUUCACAGAGAUCAUCCUUCUGCAGGAUGACCCGUCGUGUGGCAGUGAUUGGAGGAGGUAGUUCAGGUCUGGCCUGUAUCAAGUGCUGUCUGGAUGAGGGCCUGGUGCCUGUCUGCUAUGAAAGCAGCGAUGACAUUGGUGGUCUGUGGAGGUUUAAGGAGAAUCCAGAGCCAGACAGGGCCAGCAUCUACCACUCUGUCAUCAUCAACACCUCCAAGGAGAUGAUGUGUUUCAGUGAUUUUCCCAUUCCUGCUCACUUCCCCAACUUCAUGCACAACUCCCUCAUCAUGGACUACUUUCGAAUGUAUGCCGAUCACUUCCAGCUCACCAAGCACAUACGCUUCAAUACCAAAGUCUUGCAGGUGAAGCAGAGAUCAGAUUUUUCUCAUUCAGGCCAGUGGGACGUUGAGACGGAGAACAAGGAAGACAAAAAGGAGAAACACAUUUUUGAUGCUGUGAUGAUCUGUAUUGGACAUCACUGCCACCCCAACAUGCCACUUCAUGACUUCCCAGGCUUUGACACUUUCAAGGGAAAGUAUUUCCACAGCAGAGACUACAAGAUUCCUGAGGAGUGGAGGAAUAAAAAGGCUGUAGUGAUUGGAAUAGGAAACUCUGGAGGAGACAUUGCAGUGGAACUGAGCAGAGUCACCAAGCAGGUAUAUAUAAGCACUCGAAGGGGAGCCUGGAUCCUAAAUCGAGUUUCAAACAAAGGUGUUCCUGUUGAUAUGCUUAAUGACAAGGUGGUGAUUUAUAUGCGCCAAAUCCUUCCCUUUGGAUUACUCUGCAGCAUGGCAGAGAGACGACUCAACCAGAGAUUUGAUCACAGUCUGUACAACUUGAAGCCUAAGCACAGGUUGUUAAGCCAACAUCCCACAGUCAAUGAUGAGCUUCCCAACCGCAUCCUAUCUGGAACAGUUCAGGUGAAACCCAACAUCCGCAGAUUUCAGGGUUCCAGUGUGGAGUUUGAUGAUGGGAGUGUAGUGGAAGAUGUUGACCUGGUGGUGUUUGCCACAGGUUACAGGUUUUCCUUUCCAUUCCUGGCCUCACAUGUGGUCUCAGUGUCUGAGAACAAAGCGUCUCUGUACAAGUAUGUUUCCCCUCCUGAGUUGGACCGCCCCACUCUGGCUAUCAUUGGUCUAGUGCAGCCCCUGGGAGCCAUUAUGCCCAUCUCUGAGAUGCAGGCCAGAUGGGCCACACGGGUCUUUAAAGGCUGCAUCAAGCUUCCAUCAGUGGCUUCCAUGCUAAAAGACAUCCAGUGCAAGCAGGAGACAAUGGCUAAAAGGUAUGUAACCAGUCAGAGACACACCAUCCAGGUCGACUAUAUCCGCUACAUGGAUGAGAUAGCAGAGCUGGUGGGGGUUCAACCCAACAUCCCGAGGAUGCUGCUGACUGAUCCCAGACUGGGACUGAACGUGAUGUUCGGCCCCUGCACGCCGUACCAGUAUCGUCUCAGGGGGCCAGGAAAGUGGGCCGGAGCCCGCCAGGCCAUCCUCACUCAGUGGGAGAGAGUGGCUCAACCCAUGCAGACCAGGCCCUGUGAUGAGCCCAAACCCAAGAGGUCGUUUGUGUGGCCUCUGAUUCUGACAACUGCUGCUGUGGGUUUGGCUGCCUACUUUAACAGGAACAACCUUCCAGCUUUACAAGAUCCCACUGCACUGUUGGACAAGAUUAAACUGCAAAUGUCUGCUCAGUGAUGGGAUUUUGACUGUAAUAAUACAUGACUGACUUGCUGCCUAUAAUAAUUAGUAUAGAUAGCAUAAGUUUAAUUCAGUCAAUAAAUAAAAUUGUGUCAAAAGUAUAAAACCCAGUAAAGAUAUGUGACGUCCCCAUCUUUCGGCUGCUGGGAUGUCUGUGUCUCUGCAUCCUGUGUUGCAGAUGUCAGGAGGCGUGGUUAAAAUCAUCAGUCGUUGGAGCCACCUGGGCCCGGUGUUCUCCAUUAUAAGAGCGUGUCUUUUGUUCUGCACUGCGGGCUAGAGGAGGGAAACCUUGUUAUUUUUUGUUUCGUUCACCAUACAACACUUCACUCACUAUUCUGUCAAGCUUGCAUACCUGCUGACAUGACUGAUCUACUGAUUAUCAAACCUCAUAUGACUUUUUGAAUAUUAUAUAAUAAAUAAAAGUAAUGGUACCUUUCCUGCA